AAAAAGUGAAUCAAGUUUUACUACGGGGUAUAAAAAUUUGUCCAGAUGCCAUUGUAAAAAAAAUCUGUACUAAACUUACAGCAAUUCAUACAAAUUGCAAUUCAUACAAAUUGUACUAUAAUGUAAUGUCAAAAAUAGCAUUUCAAUGGGACCAAUGUGUCCUGCUUAUGGACCUAUUGCCAAUACACAUUGUACAAAAGUCUAUACAAACCAACACAAGCAUACGUACUGACAUUACCACUUCAUAUUUACUACUAUUUACUCUUACUAAGACUUGAACUACUUUUUCCUGCCCCUAUCAACAUUUGAAUGUUAUGGCUCCAAAUAGCAGAUCCCUCUAUUUGUGUUCUCGUGCUAAGAGAAUACAAUCACUACGAGAAACACAUUCUGCAUCACGUGAAAUAAAAAAACAAAUUAGAGCAGCGUCCUUAAUAGAAAUAUCAUCAAGCAAAUGUGAAAGCGUUCCCACUAUGAACUCCGAUGAAAAAGAGGUAGAUAGCCCGCACCGUCGACUGAGUUCCUGCAAACACAACAAUGCAAAAGAAGACAUGGUCACAAGAGAAGAGUUUAAGGAUCUUCGAACAUCUGUAGAAGAGCUGACAAAGGUUGUCAAUAAUCUAAACCAAGCUAUUGUCAAAAACUCCACCACCAAUGGGUACACUUCACAGCAGCCUCUUUGUGGAGCACCUUUAAUGGUCACCUCAUUCUCCAGUCCCAAAAACUAUCCUUUGGGAAGCCCAACGAACACCAACUUCAUGAAAAUAUUCAACUCUCCUCUUGAAGAGAAGCUUACGUCUCCACCAACCAAUGAAAGAAAAAAAAGUGCUCAACAGAAGACAGGACUUCAAAUUGGAAGGAGAUUGUUCAAACACAAAACCGAAGGAAACUCAUCUGCAUGUUAUCUUAACUACAACCCAAUGAAUACUCCGUUAUAUGAUGGAAGAUCAUCGGGAAUCAAGAUACCCGAUUGGAUACCUGUUGUGUUUAGACCUCCUCCAAACAUGAUAUUAGAAGAAAUUGAAGCUGCGGUUGUUGCAUACAUAUUUGGCCGGAACAAGGAUGCUCGGCACGAUGGGAAAGAAAUAUUAAUUGAAACUGAUUUCACAAAAGGGGAUCGAGAAACACUGAAAACACUUGUCCCAAAGGAAAUGGUUGAUGGAGAGGUGCUUACAUUGGUUGCCUGUAUGCUCACCUUUCAACAACGCUUAGUGUGUCAAAAUGCAGCCUGUUGGUUCUUGCCAACUGUAUUUGCGCAAUAUGUUCUAAGCUGGACUACAAGUCCAACAACACUGAUGGGGUUCUACAAGGAUCGGUUUAUGGGUAGAGUAGAAGAAUUAACGAAGGUAUUUGUUCCCAUAAAUGACGGAAAAUUGCACUGGUUCUUGUUGGUGAUUGACAUGAACAAAAAACUGUUGAUAUUAUUGGAUUUCAAAAAGUGCACCACAACUGCGGAUGAAAGGAGAAGGAUUGCAAGACUUGUGGGAAUUUUUAGGGAGCACAUGUUGUUGGACAACUCAUUUUACCAGUACCCCAGCACAACACCAAAGCCACGAAUCUCCGAAUUCAAAAUUGUUGAACCACAUAAUAUUGGACAACAAGCAACAGGCUCGAACGAUUGUGGAGUUUGGGUAGCGACGUGGAUGAAGGAGUGUGAAUGGGAUGACGUCUAUAACAUAAAGGUCAAUGAUGAGUCUAGGAUGCGGAUUGCAAUUGAUCUAGUCAACAAUUCUUAUAACAGCAUCAAAGAUCAAAUAAUUGGGCAGUCAUUUCAAAAUUGGGGGAAGAUUGAGACAGGAAACCAAGAAAUUGGUUAAAACAAAGAAGGAUAUGUGUAAUGAAGUUUUUGAUUGAAGUUUAAUUAUUCCAAAUAACAUUUGUUUUUUAUGUUUUCUACGGACAUAACAAAGCAGUUUGGUGAAUGUUUUAUUACUAAAAUAAAAUUGGCGUGUGCCAUGCUUGCAUUUUACAAUUGUGUUUCAAAAAAUUGUUUGAUUGCUAAGGAGUUAUGACUUUCCUUAUUGUAUGGUUGAUUGAUGACUUUUGCUAUUUUGACAUGUUAAAUAGAUCCCUUGAGUUAGAUAUGAAAUCCUUCCAAUUUUCUUUGAAAGCUCAUAUCCUGAUCUUGUCACAAGUUUCCUUGAUGUAACCUAGAUACUUUGAGGCCACUUCACGAGAAGUUUGGGGUAAUAUACAUGUGUCUGUUUCAGAGGUUACUCUUCCAUGAAAAACUAGUACUUUUAUCACUAAAUAUAAAAUUCUUAUAGAUUUUGAAUUGUUAGAAGACCAAAUAAAUGAAGGGAUGAUUCAGAUUUGGUAUUUGCAAUACUUUGUUUUUGAAAAUGUGAAAUGUAUAAAAAUGAACGUAAGGCACACUAAAUGAUUUUAGAGGCGUAAACAAUUGGCACUUUACCUGAGCAAUAUGGGAAUAACUUUAUUUAUUCUUUUUUGGAGCAUGAACAUAAUAACCUUAUAUGCUCCUUUCUAGACAAUGCAUCCUCAUCCUGAAUCAGAACAGGUAAGAAAAUAAUAAUUCAAUUCAACAUCACCCUAUAUCUUACUCCCAACUAAAUUUGGCCAUGGCAGCAUAAUCUCAAUUUGAAAUAAAAUUUAUUCCAUUUGUAUCGUUUGAUUAUUCAUAAUUAUCCAAACAGGCAUGGAAAAAUAUUACUCUGUCAUUGUACAAAAAUUAUAUCAUUAUUGUUGUACCUCAAUUAUUGUAAUAUCUUAAAAGCUUGACAAAUAUUCUACAACUAUUAAGCUAUUACAUACUUUUUCACUAUGGGCUUGAUAUUAUCUGCUUCCCCAAUUCACUGAUCAAAGUCAUUAUUUGAUUAAAAAAAUGCAAAUAUCAAAUAUAGGAGAGGUGCAAAAUCAAAUUUAUGCCUGAACAAAAGUAAGGGUCACUUUGUAAGAACACCUACUCAAACAAAUAUGGAAAAUGAAAUAUUUCAACACCUUUUUUCAACGGGUAUCUGGCUUCAUAAUAUUAAACUUUUUUAUAUGUUCAGAAUAAAGUACAAAUGAUUCAUGGCAAGGCUACUAAUAUUUAAUGGCGAUCCACUCACAUUUAAUAAUAAAAAGACCUAUGAGGUUCGAGUUGCGUUUGGCUCAUUCAAGCUGCAAUUUGAAGUCUGGAACUUGACUCGUUCAUCAACGGAGGGGCGAGUUGUGUUUGGCACCCUUCGUCCAUUUAUAAAGUCUCUGAAGAGAUGCAAAGCUCUAGAGGGAUGAGCAUAUGGAACCAUAUGAGAUGCGCCUCUUACCGUGGCAAAGGUUAAUAUGUUUCAUACUCUGUGCCCAGCCUCCCACCUAUCCCUUGUGAAACCAAGCUCUAUAAGAGACUGUCGUCUUGCACCUCAAGUCAUGAGCAAGUUCACGUACAAGUGUUUGCGACCCAAGAAAUGGUACAACUAAUGUUCUAAAAUUCGCUAGGCGCUAAUCGGGCGGUCAAGCACCGCCUAGCGCCUAGGCGGACUAGGCUUCUAUUAGUCAGCGAUUAGUCGGCCAACUCGGUUUCAAGAUAAUAUCACAAAUUAAAAUAUUCUUUGCAAAAAAUACUACAUUUCCUUGCAAUUGUCUAGCUUGAACUGUCAUAAAAAUUAAAAAGAAAGUUCAUUUCCUUGUAUGCAGGGAAAGUUGAUAUAAAUGUUGUGGAAGUGAUCUCUAUUCCAGGACCAAAAAACUAAUCCUAAAUCUGUCAUCUAACGCUUCCAUUUAGACAUAUAAUGGUAUAAAUCCUUCUCCGAGCGUGGACUAAGACCCGAUUAUGAACCAGAAUUGAACAAAAAAUCAGCCCUAUCUGCAUCCAUUCUUCUAAAAGCCAGAUUGACAGUGAAGUAGUUUCACCCCAACACAAUUAGUAUGUGCAAACAAAUAUUUGGACAGAAAACCGAAUUGAAUCCAUAUCCAUCCCCAUUCAGCAUUACGAAUAUUUUUCAUUCACUCUAUAUACCAAAAAUAGGAGUAGAGUACUCAUCCGUCCAAGAAACAAGUUACAGUUUCGUUAUAUGAUACAUGGUUGACAAUAAAGUUAGCUCUUGACUGACAAUACCCAAAUUAGUAUUAGCGGUUAAUCUCAAUAUGCUUAGAAAGUUAGAAACUACACUUUGACAAUAAAGUUCUAUUGAACUAUAAAAAAAGAACUCGAUAUUCAUACUAUGAAGAAAGAACUAUGAAAAUUGAACUCAAUAUUUAUUCAUACUAUGAAAAAAGAAUUAUGAAAAGUGAACAAGAAGAACAUAACUUUGAGAUGGAAGCUGGAGCUAAUACUAUAUAACUUGGGUUUCCAUAUUCAUACUGAUCAUGGCAAAUACUCCUAAUAGUGGAAUGCAAUGGAAGCAAAUAAAAAUGCCAAAAAAGAAAACUCGUGUUCAUGAAUAAAUGAAUAAUACAUGAACAUACUGUAGAUUGCUAGACUGCCAAAAAUAAUGAAAUAAACCUGGGAAUGAGCUUCCAAAUUGCUGAUCGCUAAUAUUGAACUUCCAUAGGCAUCACAUGCAAAAUCAAUUAUGAAACCUGGUGGAUAUCCUUCACGUUUCUGCUAACCGCGAACAUAGUAUAGUGAGUCAAUAUGAGAUCAUAAAUGCACUCAUAAAGCAAAUGUAAAAAAAAAUCAAAUCCAUUUAUGAUUGACUCUCAUAACAAUAUUUUACACGAAAAAGAUUAUACUCAUGUAAAUUCAUGUGCAUAAAGCCUUAAAAAUCCUAUCACAACAACCGUGCAGUUCUUAGCAGUUAGCACAAAAAUAUCAAUCAUAGUAUCACACUUCUGAAAGUCAAAAUAAUUGAAAUAAAAAGCUAUGACUUGCACUGAAGUAGAACAUGCAACAUGAGUAAGUUGUUGGGAUUUGAUUCAAAAAAAAAAUAUUCCGUAUUAUUUGCAGUUCGAGUUUAUUGAGUCAAAGUGUUAGUUGGAGUACUUUAGGAGUCAAUAAAUUAGUAGGUGUGUGGUUCAAUUUUAUUACGGAAGUUGUUACUUAGUUGUGGGAUAUGAUCCUACUUUAACGAGAAGUUUGUUAUAGUUUUAGUAGUAUAAAAACAUGGAUGUAAUCUUUAUUUUGGUUUAGUGCAGCAAACUGAAAUAUAUUGCAGACCUAUUUGUGUGUCUUUGUCUAUCCAUUACUCUGUUUUUGUAACAUAAGUGACACUUAAUAUAGAGAAGCUAUCAAUUGUGUCUUUUUACUUUGACUUCUAGGAGACUUGAGGUGGCCUGUCAAAACACCACACACAUCCUACUUCCUCACUAGUCACCAACAUAAUGGGAGAAAGUAAAGGGACACUACAAGGCUGUUCUUAACUACUCAAGCGUUGGACUAUCCUAAGAGUCUAAGGGUGAAACUGUGAAAGUUAGGACCAUCAUUAUAACCAAACCGAUUAUACAAUAUUCAUUUUUAAAACAUACUUAAUCUUGAAAGAUUUCAAGCACACCAAAAGAUACAAUAUCCAAUGACCUUUACCUGGAAAGCAACUGCCAACUGGGAUUUCAAAAGUGUCUCAAGAAAACCAAAACAUAUUUUUGAACUAUCUUAAUGACUAUAAUAAUUAAUAAUACAUAUACCUUUACCUGGACUGCUGGAGAGUGGAGAAAAUGAUUCAAUACUCAAAGAAGAAGAAAAUCCGAAAAUGGAAGAGAAGACUCAGCACUGACAAUGGCGGCUGUUCCAUCGCACAAAAUUCAUUCAGUUGAUUAUGUAUGCAUUUAAACAGCAUAGUCAACAACUUGUUUUUGUUGGAAGCUUGAUUUCUCAGUAUUGUUGUUUAUGAAUGUUGUUACUUUGUAAAUCAAAAUAAUGUCUUGUUCCCUCUGUGCAAUAAAAGAUUAUUUAAUACCCUUUUGCGAGUAGGGGCUCAAGCAUUACUGAUAUUGUAUGAGGGGAAAACCCAUACAGAUUUGUUUCUUAAAGUAUGCCUAUAUUCUAAAUUGAUUCUGUAGAUUCAAGACCCUCUAUUUCUGAAAUUUAUCCUGAUGAUACAAAAAUUAUACUCUCUCUGUCAUAAUGUGAGAAGCAUUUGGAUUUGUAGUGGAUUUUUGAAAACAAAGAGGAUAGUUGUUAUUUUACAAUUGCAUCCCCCCAAAAGAAGAAAAGUAGAACGAGGUCAAAAAGCCAAAGGUGAAAAGAUAAAAAUAAAAUUAGAAAAAGUGAUAUUUUUAGCUUGCAAAGUGGGACUGAGGGAAAUACUAUUUGAGUUAAUAGGAGAUGCAUCAUGCCACUAAUUUAAAUCAUCGCAUUUAAGAGAUGCAUUUAUGGGGUUGGAAACUAACUGCAUGCUUAGAAUGGACAAAUACUCUCCAUUUUUCGACUCAUUUUCAAUUUGAAACCUAUAGUUGGAGAAGAAAAGAAAUUACAACAGGAUUUUCAAAGUACUUCUUCAUCAUAUUAAAAGACAUAAAAGAGGUAGUCUUCCCCCACAGUCUAAGCCAUUUUCCACCUUUCUUUUAAAAGUGAAAAGCAUUUUUUUUCUAUGUUACUAUUGCAAUUGCAACUUCCAUUUCAUCUGUCCCUUUCAACUGUCAAUGUAGUCAAACCAGUUUUUUAUCUGCUUGGUUUCUAGAGCAAAAUUUUCACAUGUUUUUUCUAAUCUUUUUCCCUCUAAGAAUUAGGAUAUGAAUCAUGUGGAGGUAAACCAGUUUUGAUGUAAGAAAUAUUGUUAAUGGGUAACACUUUCUAGUGGCUAAGGUUAAACAAACUUCAUCAGACUUUAGUUAUGAUCUCUCACAAUUAUGUGCUAAGCAAACUAGAAUUGAAAGACACAAUUAUGGGGUGGGACAAAGCAAUAUAGUACAACUCUAGAGGCUUAAUUGGUUAGAUUGACGAGAGUUUAAUAACAUUCCACAUCUUUAUGAUUAGAAUGCACAUUCAGACCAAGUAUUGGCAGUACCUGAAUUAAUAAUUGCAAUCAGACUUCCAGCCAGAAAUGAAUACACGAUGCAGGAACUUGCAAGUUGCAACAAAUAGCUACUGAAAUGAUGUGUUGUUAUUAAUUUAUAAGGCUGGAAUUAUAAAAAAUAAACACAGUAAUAUAAGAAAUUACUCUGUAUGAUAAAAUUCUGAUAAAAGUCAUGAUAAAAACAGGGCCGGCUCUAGCGUUUUGGAGGCCCUAGGCGGAAAAUUUUAACAUUCAUACUAGUAUAUCAUAUUUCUAUAACAGAGUCAUUAGAAAAUAAGAUAAAUGUAACAUAUAUAAAAUGCUCUAAAAAGUGUACUUCUAAAUAGGGAGUUCACCUUGCGUUUUGAAGUGCAAAACUAAUAAAAUGCUCCAAAAAGUGUACUUAUAAAUAGGUAGUUCCCGUUUCUUUUUGAAGUGCAAAACUAGUAGGACCGUCACUCCAAUCAAAACUAACUAAUACUUUAUCUCAAUCGAUAACAUAGCUAAUCCACAUUUUAGCAUAUUUAUACAUAUAGUUAAUAAAAAAUGAUCAUCAGCAAAUAAAAAUUAACUAUUGCAGUUAAUGAUUAUAAAAUAUUAGUCACCAACUAACUAAAUGAUUAAUAUGAAUACAAAUGUAAAAUAUUAGUGCACAACGGUUAACAGUAAUUAUUGAAUAAUGAUCAUUACAUACUUAAAAGCAUUAUUAAUUGGAAAAGGGCAAAUAAUGAAAAAAUAAAAUCCGAACAACAAUAUAGUUUACCUAUUGGCAACACCAUUACACAUUUACACACACCGCAUUGUGUUACUAUCAAAUUUGCUCAAUUCUCAUACCCAGGUUCAAAUUCUGAAACUCAAUCUAUGAUGGUCCUUGAUGGCCGGAGGAAUUGACUAAUUAAGAAAAGAGGGAAAGAAUAAAAGGAACGAAUUGUUGAAUUGACUUAACAUUCAAUCGGAGAAUCGAGUACCGAACAAUAGGAAAAUCCAAAUCCUUACGGAGUACUACUUUAUAUUACUUGGUAUAUUGAAAAUUGAGGCUCUAGAUAACAAGAUUUGGCCAUCCAAUUGCCUAGGCUAACUGGUCUUAUGGCCGGCACUGGAUAAAAAGAUUGUAAACACAGCAAUACAAGUACAAAAGUCUACUUGAUUAAGAUUACCCAAGAAAAUUAAAAACAGAACGAAGGCAUAUUGGCAAUAUCAUACCUUAGCUAAUAGCUAGCCUUCUCUGUUUCUCCUGCUACUUUCUUAUCUGACCCACGUGUAGCAAUCAAACCAUUCUUAUCACUAUUGAUUGUUCAAAGUAUCAAGACAUUCAAUUGGCAAUCGUUUAUAGAUGAAUUUAUGAAAAUACCUGAAAAUCAAGAAUAAUGCACCAGCGGCUGAUCGUUAUGUGUACUACGAUUGCCGGUUGCCGGCGACAAAAGGGGAUCAAUGAAGCCUCUGGAAUGGCGGAGAAACGAGCAAUGAAUCGAUGAAGUCUUCUUGGAAAUCGAUCGAUCAAGCUCGAUGGAAAAUUGGAGAUGCCGUCAGCCUACUGAAAUUGGGGAUGCUGCACCAGGAAAGAGAGCAUGGCGGUCGACGAGUGAGAGAGGCUAUGUGAGCCCCUUUUGAUUGUUGAUUUGAGUGUCGAUACAGCCAUGAGUGUGUGGGUUGAGCAACAUAGUUGAUUGUUCAAUGGAGAAGAAGAUGCAGGUGAGACCCCUAGCAGAUCAAGGACUGCUUGUUUGGUUGAGAAAAAUCGAUCGGUUCGUACUCCGUAUUUCCCAAGAGGAGAGCGGACUGUUUGUUUGGUUGAGAACUCUCGAUCCAGACUUGACGGCCGUAGGUUAACGCCAGAGGCUUGGAGUUAGAAGGACUGCUGGUGCAAUUUUAUUAAAUAUGUGAGUGUUUGACUAUAUGACCAGGACACAUGGCCAUAUUUGCACACAUGUCAGCCUCUGGAAAGUGGUGCAUUGGUGCC